UUUAGCCUCAACAACUGUUUUCACAUGUAUUGUUAGCAAUUAAAAUAUUAUUUUUAAGCUUAGGGAUAUUAGUCGUGAAUGGUUUCUCCUUGUCUUGUUUCUUGUUCAUCAGCUUUGUGAGGCCACAAUUUUCUUUCAUGUCUUCCAUUUUUGCCUCCGGUUACUCUAUUCUCAUUCCCAAAUUUGAGAUUGAUGAGGCCGAGUUUACGCCUGAGCCUGCGGAAAAUAGUAGAGCUUAUAGCAGAAUCCAUGAAGUGUUCUUGAGCUUCAGAGGGGAGGACACACGUGGUUCUUUCGUUUCACAUCUCUAUGCCUCUCUUCGGAAUGCUGGAAUCAAUGUUUUCAAGGAUGAUGAGUCACUUCCAAGGGGACAUCACAUUUCAGACACAUUGCUGCGAGCAAUUGAACAGUCUGAAAUUAGUGUUGUUGUAUUCUCAAGAAAUUAUGCAGGGUCUCUGUGGUGUUUGGAUGAGUUAGAUACAAUAAUGGAGUGUCACAGAACCACAGGGCUGGUUGUUUUGCCAGUGUUCUAUGAUGUUGAUCCCUCUGAAGUGCGCCAUCAAAAAGGCGAGUUUGGAAAAGAAUUGGAAAAACUUGAGAACAGGAUUUUAAAAGGUGUAGAAGAAGUUGAAGAACAGUUCAAUAUAUGGGAAAAAGAGCAUCUGCGGUUUAAUAAACUACGUUGGAUGCGUUGGAGGGAGGCACUUCGUGAGGCUGCUGGCAUAUCAGGAGUUGUAGUCCUCGAUUCCAGGAAUGAAAGUGAGUCUAUCAAAAACAUUGUUGAAAAUGUCACACAUUUGUUAGACAAGACAGAGUUGUUUGUUGCCAAUAAUCCAGUGGGAGUAGAACCUCGAGUGCAAGAAAUUAUUCAUUUGGUAGACCAAAAACCAUCAAAUGAUGUUUUACUACUAGGGAUGUGGGGGAUGGGAGGCAUUGGUAAAACAACCAUUGCUAAAGCCAUUUACAAUAAGAUUGGCCGGAAUUUUGAGGGAAGGAGCUUCCUUGCAAAUAUCAGGGAAGUUUGGAGGCAAGACACUGGCAAAGUCAAUUUACAAGAACAACUUCUGUUUGAUAUCAACAAAGAAACAAAAACAAGGAUACGUAAUGUUGAAUCAGGAAAAAAUAUAUUAAAAGAAAGACUUUACUAUAAAAAGGUACUUCUUGUAUUGGAUGAUGUGAAUGAAUUGGACCAACUAAAUGCUUUAUGUGGAAGUGACAAAUGGUUUGGUCCAGGUAGUAGAAUAAUCAUCACCACUAGAGAUCAAGAUGUACUUAGAGGGAGAGCUGACAUAUUAUAUACAAUGAAAGGCAUGGAUGAAGGUGAAUCCAUUGAGCUUUUUAGUUGGCACGCAUUCAAGCAAGCAAGUCCUAGAGAAAAUUUUACCCAACUUUCUAGAAAUGUAAUUACGUAUUCCGGGGGAUUACCACUAGCCCUUGAAGUUCUUGGGUGUUAUUUGUUUGAUAUGAAGGUAGUAGAGUGGGAGAUUGUAUUGAAGAAACUCAAGAGAAUUCCUAAUCAUCAAGUACAAAAGAAGUUACAAAUAAGCUAUGAUGGUUUAAAUGAUGAUACCGAGAGAAAUAUAUUCCUCGAUAUAGCUUGUUUCUUUGUUGGCAUGGACCGGAAUGAAGUUAUACAAAUAUUAAAUGAUUGUGGACUUUUCGCAGAAAAUGGAAUACGUGUCCUUGUAGAGCGAAGCCUUAUAACAAUUGAUAAUAAAAACAAGCUUCAAAUGCAUGAUUUGUUACGGGACAUGGGAAGGGAAAUUAUUCGUGCAAAUUCACCAAAGGUUCUUGAGAAGCGUAGCAGGUUAUGGUUUCAUGAGGAUGCGCUUGAUGUAUUAUCAAAACAAACGGGAACAAAAGCUAUUGAGGGAUUGGCUUUGAGGUUAUCAACAAAUAAUGCAACAUGUUUGAGCACUAAAGCUUUUAAAAAGAUGGAGAAACUUAAGUUGCUUCAACUUGCUGGUGUACGACUUGAUGGAGAUUUCAAAUAUCUUUCCAAAGAUCUUAGGUGGCUUUGUUGGCAUGGAUUUCCUUUAAAAUAUAUACCAACAAACUUCUAUCAAAGAAAUCUUAUUUCAAUUGAGUUACAAAAUAGUAAUGUUCAACUUGUGUGGAAAGAAGCUCAGGUAUUAAAUAUUCUGAAAUAAUAAAUAUCUAUUUUACUAUUUCAUACUUAUAGACACAAAUUUUGU